AUGGCGAGCGAGAAGGAUCUUCCUAUCAAGCAAGAAGCCCAGAUCAAGUCUGCAGACAUGAGCGAGGAGAUGCAGCAGGAGGCCAUCGAAGUCGCCCAGUCAGCUAUGGACCAAUUUUCUAUCGAGAAGGACAUUGCCCAGUACAUCAAGAAAGAGUUCGAUAGCCGCAAGGGCGCGACGUGGCAUUGCAUAGUCGGGAGGAACUUCGGUAGCUUCGUGACCCACGCAUUCAACUCGCAUCUCAAAGGCGCCGAAAACCUCACCUUCCAAUGCCAAAAUUGCGGCAACUUCUCCGCGCGCCCGAUGAAGCGCUGGGAAUGGUUCACCUUCUGCUUCGUCCCCGUCAUCCCGUUCAGCCUGAAACCCUACAAAGAGCUCGGCUGCCACAUCUGCAAUUUCUGGCAGGACAUCAAGUACCGGCCUGACGUGCAGGCGCAGAUUGGCGGAGGAGGUGCGCCGCCACAGCACCAGCAGGGAUAUCAGAUGGGAGGUCAUGAGCAGGGGACGGGGAAGCCGGGGUAUGGACCACCGCCGGCAGGGGUGCCGCAUCAGUAUCAGUAG